AUGCAGUUCCCUGCCGUUGGACAGCCACGGGGUCGCGCCGGACGACAGUCGCCAGAUGUGUCCCCAAAGUCUUGUGUGAUUACAGGGAAACGCGAAAAAUUACCGAAAGCUGAUGGAAGUAAACCCGUACGUCGCCAAACUUUGGCACCAAUUUGCACUCCCGUCAACAGACCUGCGGCAGGUUGCACACCCAAACUAUCUGGAGUUGACAUGCAUCAUCAGAGACAUUCGAAUAUUUGUGGAAGGACGUCUUUAAGUCGACCACCAGUUCAUGAUAAUAGUGAUUUUCCUACCGAAACACAAUUGUCUAAACGAUCGAAAGUUGCGAGUAAGUCUUUGUUAGGACGAACACAAUAUGACAGAAGACAGACACCUGAAAAAUGUUCUGGUGUAUUUGGAUCCAUUGCACACAACCUGGCAAAGGACGCAAUGCCCAGUAGCGACGAAGACGAAUUUUACCGACAGUAUUUAACAGAUCAAACUCGUUCAAACGGGCAUCGACAAAGCAAUCUGCCUGGAUUGAACACUGAAGAUGACGAGUACAGGCAUUCCGUAUCAUCAAAGAUGAGUCACAAAGAAUUAGAAUUGAUGCAUUACCAGCAGACAUUGCUUGAGCAAAUGAUGAGCCCGACUGAGUCAGAAAUCUGCAGAGAUCUGAAAUCAAGGACAGGGAAGAGAUCAGAGAAAGGAAUUUGUAAAAAAGGAAAGGACAAAAAGAAUAAUAUAGAAUUGUCAGGACACAAGUUUGAGGAUCUUCCUUUGCUCCGGCAAACCAGAUUGAGAGUUUCCAUGGACCCUGAUUCAGCAGUCCCAGAGGAAGCGCAAUACGUCCCGACCCCACCGGGAUUUGAGAAAAUUCCAUGUCGAGCCAUGUCCAGUAUGAGCGGGGCUACCUCUCCUGCAUCGAGGAAAGUGCGAUUUAAUACGGAGGAGAGAGGAGUACAGAGACGAGAUUAA